GCGACCAACUCGCGCUUUAGGACAUUUCUGCGGCACCUGAAACGUUUAAACGUUAUCAAGUUCUUAAACAUGGCCAGCAGCAAAAAGAAGAUGUCGUUGAAGUGGCUACGAAGUGUUGUCACCUCACCCACACAUCUUCAGAUGAGUAAGGCAGGUGCAGACACACCCUCACGCUCGAGUACAUCGCCAGAUGAAGAUUCGGACACUUCACUCCUCAAUGACUCUCAAGGACCCGAGGGCUUUGGAGCACUAACUCUGGACACACCUAAGAGAAAAGCAGAGGUUCUUGGCAAAUACUUGCCCUCUACAGGCACAGUUAAGCUGAGGAAGCUUUCCAGAAGAAAUAAUGAGCUAUUCAGAACUUCAAAGGAAACGCCAAUAGACGACUCACCCAAGCAUCUGGAAUCUACAGAGAGUCAGCAAACAUCACCACCUCAAUCUCAUUCAUUCAUCCUCAAAAAGAAAGAGAGGACACCUGAAGAAGGAUCAAAGGCUAUUUACAGGAUGGCAGUGAUUGCUGCACUUGGUGGUACAGUCCCCAGGAAUGACACCGACAGCCUGUCUUUGCCACUUUUAUCUUCACCUGUCAAGACCGAAGACAGACCUGUCAUGAAUAAUGACUGCUCCCCAAUCAAAACUGAACAUAAAUCCAAAGAUCUCGGAACUAUCCAGGAAGAUGAAAAGUCCCCCCUUCAGUUCUGUAAGGAUACAGAAACACCUGGUAACAGCUCUGAUCCACAAACAUGUGGUUGGCGCAUUCUGCGAAAAGGAGAGAAUUCACUCAGGAGAUAUGUUUCUCAGGACACUUUGUUUGUUGAGACAACCUCUCAGGUUGGGUCUUUUGAUCAAGGAAAUGAUGACUCAUCCCUCCCGAGUCCAUCAUUGAGUAUCAAGAGAUGUACUACUUCCUCUUCCAACAUUCUGGCUACUAAUGGAUCCAAUGCUUCCAUCCAUGUACCUGUUGAAGACCUGGAGAUGCCUUUCAUGCCUCCACAGAGCACAGUUUCUGUCUCACCCAAGCAGCCCCAAACGCCAUACACUGACCCUCCAGAGGCAGCUGGGGUUGAGACUAAAAACAGCAGCUCCUCAUACUCUAGGUUCUGUUCAUUGGAUCAAUUUGCACUGCCAAUCAACUCACACAGACAAGUAUCAAACCCUAAAUCAACAUCUACACGCAGGCAGUCAGAUGUUGGCUUUAACAUCCACCACCCUCCCUACACUUUUACUCGUGGCACUCCAAAGAGGAGAUUUUCCCUGGGGGCAGAGCAUACAAAGACCAAUGACCCAUACCUGAACACUGGUGUUGGUUUCAUAGACACACACUGCCACAUAGACAUGCUGUAUGGAAAACUUCGCUUCCGAGGGACAUUCGGCAGUUUUCGAAGGCUGUAUAAGAGCAGCUUUCCCUCUGAGUUUGAGGGCUGUAUUACCAACUUCUGCAAUCCAGGGGUCAUGGUGAAACAGGACCUGUGGGAAGGUUUACUGACUGAAGACAUGGUAUGGGGAGCAUUUGGGUGCCACCCCCACUUUGCCAAGGAGUACUCGAGUGCUCAUGAAGGCAACAUACUGAAGGCCAUGCGGCACCCAAAAGCUGUAGCAUUUGGUGAAAUGGGUCUGGAUUACUCACAUAAAAACUCAACAAAUGUUUCCACACAAAAAGAGGUGUUUGAGCGUCAGCUGCGUCUGGCUGUGGCCAUGCAGAAACCUCUGGUGAUUCACUGUAGGGACGCGGACGAUGACCUAUUGGCUAUCAUGAAGAAGUGUGUUCCCUGGGAUUACAAAAUUCACAGACACUGCUUCACAAACAGUUAUCCAGUGAUUGAGCCCUUCCUGACGGAGUUCCCCAACAUGUAUGUUGGCUUCACAGCCUUGAUCACGUACUCCAGUGCCAAAGAAGCCCGAGAUGCUGUCCGCCAGAUCCCUCUUAAGCGCAUUGUGGUGGAGACAGAUGCACCUUAUUUCCUGCCAAGACAGGUGAGUAAAACCGUCUGCAAGUUCUCACAUCCUGGAUUGGGCAUCCACACUGUGCAGGAGCUGAGCCUGUUGAAGGGAGAAGACGUGCCCACAGUCCUAGCCACUCUCCGACAGAACACCACACAACUCUACGGAGUCUGAUCCUCACAGAUGGUGAGAAAGUAAAUCAGCUGCUUUGUGAUGCGUAAACUUUUUAUGCGUCUUUUUGUUUUAGAAUAAUGAAAUUCUCCAUAUGUUGAGAUGUUAGAGAAUGGAGGAGCUGUCUUGGUUGGAAAGAACCACAAAAAUAAGCAAACUGAUCUUUCACCUAACAGAAGGCAAAAAAAACAGUGAAAAUGUGUGACAUAGUAUUAUAAUUAUUCAUUGUUUUAUUAUAUUCUGACAUUGUUCUUAUUUGCAAAUAAUUUCCAAGAUGUUUUUGUUCUUGCUGUGUUACUUUGCCGUGUUGACGUAUUGUAUGUUUGCUGUAUCUUCACACUGUAAUUUCAUUUGAUUGGAUACAACAUAAGACAUA